AUCACCGGUUGAAUCCGCAACGGCUUUUACAGUGGCCGCAAGCGUAAAACCAAAGGUGGUGGUAGGCCCUGAAGUCAAUUCCAGUGCAACACUUGCAACAUCCGUUCCCGCGUGCCCCUCCUCCUGCUCCUCGUCGUCGGCCACCUCCGCACAUAUUCUAAUGAUUCCCACAUCCAUAUCUACGUCGUGCUCGUCAUCACCGUCGUCGUCGUCAUCCUUAAUGACGGUGCCAGCGUCCGUUUUGGCCCCAACGCCGGCAUCUUUAACUCCGACGGCAAUGGCGACGGCGGCUGCUGAACUGCAUUCCGGAUGUAACGGUCGAACAGAUGUCGGACAGGUGAAGUGCGAAAAGAAUUACGAAAUCUGUGAGGGUUGCGGACAAAAGAUCUACGAUCGGUAUCUCAUGAAUGUCGGCGAAUCGAAUUGGCAUGAACACUGUUUGUCGUGUUGCUACUGUGGCAUACAGUUAUUCAAUACCUGUUACGUACGCAAUUCAAAGCUUUACUGCAAACUCGAUUACGAUCGAUUGUUCAGCAUCAAAUGCACUGGAUGUUGCCACCCGAUCCUGCCUCAUGAAAUGGUCAUGCGGCCGAUUCCAUCUUUCAUUUUCCACCUGCCUUGUUUCAUCUGCUACAUCUGUCGACUGCCUUUGCAGAAGGGCGAGCAGUUUUUGUUGCGUGAUGGCCAGUUAUUUUGCUGUCGACAUGACCUCGAAAAGGAAAUAUUUCUGGCCACAGCCCAACACUGUGGCUAUGUGGGUCUAGACGAUGACGAUAUGAUGCGGCCUCGGGACGGACGUCGCGGUCCAAAACGUCCUCGCACAAUAUUGACGUCACAGCAGCGAAAGCAGUUCAAGGCUUCUUUCGAUCAAUCGCCGAAGCCCUGUCGCAAGGUGAGAGAAGCUCUGGCGAAGGACACGGGCCUGUCAGUGCGCGUGGUGCAGGUGUGGUUUCAAAAUCAGCGCGCCAAAAUGAAGAAGAUUCAGCGAAAAGCGAAAAACGGUGGUGGCGCAAGCGGUGGCAGUGGCGGUACAGUCAAUUCGCGCAGCGGCGAUGAAAAGGAUGCGAAUAAGGAUGAAAAGGAGAUUAAGCAGGAGUGUGGCAUUUCGGGUGUGGAAAGUGCUUACUUGAGUUUGGGUGACAGCGGUUUUGGCAGCCAACCACUUAAUCCCAAUCUACCAUUCUCCCCUGAUG